AUGAUGAACCCAUAUGAAGCAGACCCAAAGAAAAUCCCCACAACUGAUAUGUAUGCGGAUGUGCCCCUUUAUGGUCGAUAUGGCCCGAAACCAAAUGACUUCCGCGUUGAAUUUCAGUAUAUCAAUUCCCAAACCACAGACUCCGUUGGCUGCGAUGUUUUUGCUCUUGGGAGCGUGAUCGUGAAAUCUAGCCAUCUCCACGCGCGUGAUGGUGCUAUAUCAAAGACGGCUCUGGGGUGUAUCAGAGUUCUGGAGAUCUACUUUGCUGGCAAGUUAUCUACUCCUGCCUUUUAUUGUCAGCCUUGUGACUCACUUCUACAUAUAUUAAUGGCCGCUAAGUGCUCGUCCAAGAAAGACUUCCAGGCAUCAGGUUAUGUGUUGCAUAGCCAUAUCUCUCAGAGGACCAGAGGAAGCCAGAGAGAUAUUUAUCAGCUUCAUACACUUAAACCUACAGAGAACCUCCAAACUCGCUGCCAUGUGGUACCGGACCCCAACUAUAUCUAUUGUAUUGUUGACAGUGGCAAAGUUGUGGGGCUGUUUGACUGGGAAAUGGUCGGGUACUUUGGUUGGAAAACCGCGGGAGAUGUACAUUGUCGGAUCAGAACUCCACAACGAGAGCAUAUCGUGAAUGCUAAUUUGAGAGAGGAUGAGCUUCAGUAUAUCAUGUUCUGGAAUGAUUUGUAUGAUGUGGGUAAAUCGGAAAAUUGA